AUUAUAAAUUUCAACUAACUAACAACCAUUAUAUUACAACAACUAUCACCAACAAUGCCACCACAGAUUGUGUUUCUUAAAGUAUCCAAAUCGCAAUCAAUCCCAUUAAAGAUCUUUAUAAACAAAUCAAAUCACGUAAGUCCCAACUCAACCCAAACGACCACCACAACUAAAAGUCUUGCUAUAAAUGCCAAAUCAUUAAUCACUCUCCAAAACGUCCCUAUAAAUUACUUCCAUAUCCGAUUGAGUAAUAAUUAUUUACAAAGUUUGAUUGAGACUCAGAUCCGGGAUGUGUUUGUUAAAGUAUUGUUUGAAAUGGGGUUGGAUCAAGUAUGUAGUGUUGGGAUAAGUGGGAAAGUUAGUAUUAGUUCUAUACUUCGAUUUAAUUCUACAUCAGCUGUAUUCACCAAUCCAUUAGAGACAAGUAAUACGACAGAGAAGGGGGAGAAGAAAGUACGGUAUAAAUUCACCAUACCAUUAUUGUUGAUCAUCAGUCUUCGGAUUCAUUUUAAUAAAUUAUCAAAGGGGGAUAUCACCUAUUUGCAUGGUAUUAAUAUUUUAUCUUCCACCAAUCCUUCGUUCAAGCUUAUCAAACCGGAGAAUCAAUUCAGUCUACUUGUGAAGAAACAAUCGUUUAAGGAGAUACCGAUUGAAGAAGAUGAUAUACAGGAUGAACCAGUGGUGUUGGUUGAAGAUGAUGAUUUAAUGGUUGUCCCUGAUGAUGAAGUGAAUGAUAAAGAGGAUGGGGAUGAAGAGGAUGAAGGUGAUACGAAAGGUAUAGAUGAUAAGAAAUCUUUACAUUAUAAAUACAGAAGAAUACAGAUCUUCAAUAGUAUAGCUCAUAGUAUUAAAUUAUUAUUAUUGAAUCAUAAAGUAGAGUAGAAGUUAAUGAAUAAUGAUGAAAACGUAUAUACAAUUCUCUCUCACUGCAAAUUUAUUGGAGGCAAAAAUAAAAAUCGUAAAAUUCAAAAAU